UUAUGAAAUAAUUAUACCACCAGUAAGUGCCCAGUCUGAGAUUUUCUGGUCACAUUCGAAUUCCAGCAGAACAUCAUACCCCACAAUCCAUUGCUUUGUGUUCAUAAUCUCCAAACGCAAUAUGGCGGCGACAACUGUCAAUGUGGAAAAAGUGACUGGGACGCUGGAAGACUCUCUGUCCAAACUCGGGUUUGAAGUCUAUCCUCUAAAAAUUGGGUGGUACAACUCGGUGGUGCCUCCAUCCUGGCACCUGGCUUACCCAGACGACAGCCUGGCUGUGGUGGUGCUCAGCACUCCCGCCAUGUUUGAACAAGCUUUCCUGCCUUUCUUGGAAGACAGAGGCUGCCAGGGUCUGUCUGACCCCAUCGACCAGUGUGUCAAACGCUGUGUCUCCUCUGCCGUCUCACAGUGUUUUCCAGGACAGAAGGUGGAUGUGAGUUAUGACUUUGAGCUGCUGCCCAGCAGGAAGCCAAAGUUCUUGGCUCAGACUGCUGCACACGUCUCUGGAGCCGCUUUCUACUACCAACAGGCCGACAUCACAGAUCAGCCAUGGGACAAAAAAAUGUUUGGAGUGUGCAUGCACCCGAGGUUUGGGGGCUGGUUUGCCAUCAGAGCUCUGUUGAUAUUUGGAGGCGUGACCGUGGGACCUGAGCUGGUGCAGCCUGCUCCUCCGGACUGUGUUCCCUCCAGAGAGGACAGGAUAAAGCUGCUGGAAGCCUUCAACUUUCACUGGAAGGACUGGAGCUACAGAGACUUUGUCCGCCUGAUUCAGACUUACUCCCAGAAACAGAGGGACUAUUUUGCCACCGUGCCCGCCCAGCGGUUUGCUCUGCUCAGGAGCUGGGGGCUGCUGUCACAGGACAGCGAGUGUUCUGACCCCGGCUCCGACACACUGACGCAGGUGAAAGGACACUGUUAAAACAGAUUAACCCGCCCCCUUGCACAGGCCUCAAAUUAAAUAUCGAUUGAUUCCUCAUCAAACAAUAUGACAUUGAAGCUCAGGAACAGAUGUUGAUCUAAGCUUGUUAAGUUUUGGUGAAUGCGGGUUUGUGUUGUGUGGGAGUGUCCUUCCAUUAUUUGCAUAUGAACUCUGAAAUCCGUAUGGCUGCUCGCUCAUGUUUCAUUCUUCUAGCACUUCCAACUUAACUGAAACUUAAAGGAACAGUUCACUUAUUUUAUAACCUUACUUGUAUUAAGAAUUGCUAAUCAAAUCUGUGAGGGCUCCACUCACCUUUGACAACUGUCAUAU